CUCUCUCUCUCUCUCUCUCUCUCUCUCUCUCGGUCUCUCUUCCAGCCCGGAUCACGGAGGCGCACGAGCUCGGAGUUGUUUGUUGUUAUUUUUGUUUUUAUUUAUUCCGCCGUCUUUCGGAGGGGAGCCGCCACCGGGCAUGGAGGACGUCAAGGACCCGCCGACCGUGCACCGGUCCUCCUCCUUCAGCAUCAAGAGCCUCCUGCUGCCCUCCAAGUGCGACCGGCCGGACUCCGCCGCGGCGGCGGCGAUCGUCGGCAUCCCCGGGACCCCGUCCCCCUCUCCGGGCUCCGACUCGGACAAAUCCCUGGAGCCGCUGGAGGUGGACUCCGCGGCGGCGGCGCUGGACCCGGAGAAGCCGGGGGACGAGGAGGAGGAGGACGGAGGAGGAGGCGGCGGCGGCGGCGGCGGCGGAGGGGACGGUUCCAAGGCGACGCCGGAGCAGAACAGCACCGGCACCGCCGGGGGGAAAAACGGGAAGUACGACAAACCGCCGUUCAGCUACAACGCGCUGAUCAUGAUGGCCAUCCGGCAGAGCCCCGAGAAGCGGCUGACGCUCAACGGCAUCUACGAGUUCAUCAUGAAGAACUUCCCGUACUACCGGGAGCACAAGCAGGGCUGGCAGAACUCCAUCCGCCACAACCUCAGCCUCAAUAAGUGCUUCGUCAAGGUGCCGCGGCACUACGACGACCCGGGCAAGGGCAACUACUGGAUGCUGGACCCGAGCAGCGACGACGUCUUCAUCGGCGGCACCACCGGGAAGCUGCGGCGGCGCUCCGCCACGUCGCGGGGCAAGCUGGCCAUGAAGCGCGGGCUGCGCUUCGCCCCGCUCGGCCUGGGGAUCAGCGAGCGCGCGAGCAACCCGCUGUACUGGCAGCUGUCCCCGUUCCUGUCGCUGCACGCGCACCACCCGCACCACCACCACCACGCGCACUACAACGGCUCGUCGCCGGGCUUCCUCAACCAGGCGGGCGGCUACGGGCCGCUGCUGCACGCCGUGGAGCAGCUGGGUAACGGGGAGCUGGGCCGCUCGCUGCUCGGCGGCUCGGCCGCGGCCGCGGGCGCGCUCGGCCUGACGAACACGUACGGGAUGAGCACGUCCCCGGUGGGGCUGCUGUCCGGCCAGACCGCCGGGUACUUCGUCUCAGGGACGCAGCACGCCGCCGGGGCGCCGGGCGGGCCGGGCGGGGGCGCGCCGCCGCCGCCGCCCCCGCCGCCUCCGCCGCCGCCGCCGCACCUCCAGCAGGGCGCGGCGGGGUUCGGCGGCUCCCCGCAGGCGCUGCUGUCGGACUCCCUCAGGAACGGCGCGCUGCCGGCCUUCUCCGCCGGGGUGUCGGCGGGCUUCCCCGGGGUGCUGCCCCACCAGAAGAGGGUGACCCCGAACGCCUUCCUGAACUGACCCCCGCCCGGCCCUCCGGGACGCGCGCGCAGAGACGUCCCGUUCAGGGCAGAAAAACCCGGUAAAUAUCAACAAACAUCUGCAAGAUCACAAACUCUUUUCUCCUCCGGAUUUUGCUGAAAAAGGGACAGAGUCUGGUUUCCCGCCGGUUGUACAGCUGUAAACUAGACUUGCCAAAGGUAACAAACUCUAGAAGUAUAUUUCAAACUAUUUAUAU